AAAUUAUUCGACUUCUCUUCCAAACCCUAGAUCUAACACCCCAGCCGUCAGAUCAGAUCAAUGGGGAGAUCUCUUCUCAACCGUUGGAGACAGCAAUGGUGGAGGUAGAAGAAGCGCAUUUGUUGGUAUCCAAAAGAUUAUCGUCUCCUCGACUAGCCUCUGUGUUUUUUUUUUCUUUCUCCUCAUCUUGAUGGCUAACAAUUCGAAUAUCCUCUAGCUAUAUUUUUUUUUGUUAUUUCGGUGGUGGUGGUGAUGUGUGAUUUGGUUGCGCGUACGGGUCGGCUCCAGCAACGGUACAAGGAUGGCUCACGACUCAUUGCCGGGUGUAUUCCGUUUAGGUAUAUAAAAGAUGGUAAUUCUGAAUCUGGGAAAGUGGUUCAAGUGUUGAUGAUCAGCUCUUCUAGUGGACCUGGGCUUUUGUUUCCCAAGGGUGGAUGGGAGAAUGACGAGACUGUCAAAGAAGCUGCGGUUAGGGAAGCUGUGGAAGAAGCAGGAGUCCGUGGCAUUUUGAUGGAUUUCUUGGGAGAUUAUGAGUUCAAGAGCAAAACACACCAAGAUGAGUUUAGCCCUGAAGGUUUAUGUAAAGCGGCAAUGUACGCCUUGUAUGUCAAGGAAGAGCUAGAGACGUGGCCGGAACAGAAGACGAGAACAAGGACAUGGUUGACAAUUGGAGAAGCUGUAGAGAGUUGCAGGCACGCUUGGAUGAAGGAUGCGUUGGUUGAUGGGUUCUGUAAAUGGCAUAAGGAGAAGAUGGGUAAAGGAGAUGAAGAUUGAAGCUCUGAAGUUGGUUUCCUUCCUUUCGAUUUUGUUUUUUCUUAACUCUGAAGUUGGGUUUCAUUUCCUUCUCGCUUUUAAUCUUUUAACAAUGUCAAUGCUGUAACAUUUUUUUAGAGUUCUGAACAAAAGAUAUAUAUUUACCUUUAUAACGU